AUGCAAACUCAACAAACGUUUUGCCCCGCUGGUCAUUCUGGUUAUUUUAUUUAUAAUUAUGAUGGUUAUGAUUAUUUUAACUGUAAAAUUGGAAUUUGUCGUACAAAUUGCAUAAAAAUUUAUUGGGAUUUUAUCAAACGGGAGUGGAAAUAUAAUUCCAGUAGUGUUGUUGCUUUAAAGGAAUUAAAAGAUUAUAAAUAUGAUAUUUCGGAAUUUAUUAAAGCGAUUAAGGAAAUAGAAAUUAGUGAUUAUGAAUACGUAACAAAAUUUUUUGGAAUUUCGAAAAAUCCUUCUACACAAAACUACAUUAUUGUUAUGGAAUCAUAUGAUGAUACCAUUCAUAGUUCUUUAUCUGAUAUCUUUCUAAAAAUUGGGUGGUUGCCAAAAAAAAGAUUACUAUAUCAAAUAAUAGAAGGUCUUAAUAUUUUACAUGAAAAUAAUUUAGUUCAUGGUGAUUUAAAUAGUAAAAAUGCUUUGAUGAAGAAUCAUGCUGAUGAUAAUAAAAAAAGAAUGAAUAAAUCUCAUGAACAAAAAUUAAUUCGAUCUUUAUAUAAUAUUCAUCCUCAAUCCUAUUAUAUUAGUAGACAUAUUUAUACUCUUUAUGAAUUGCAAGAUUCAUUAGAAGAUAUAAAAUCUGGAAAAUGUGCAGAUCCUAAUUUAUGUACUUAUGAUAUGGAUUCUGAGGAAUCGAAAUGGAAACAAAAAUAA